AUGGAGGCGGCCGCGGGGCCAGGGGAGGGCGGCCGGGGCCGGGGCCGGGGCCGGGGCCGGGCUCUCUCCGCGCUCCUGGCAGGAAGAUCCAAGAAACAGAAAUGCAAAAGUAAAAAUGAACAGAAUCUGCAGGAAGCGGCUCUGCGUGUUUUGAGUUGCCACCAGAACCUGGGUGACCUUUUGCUGGAGGUGGGGAGUUCAGGAUGUAACAAGCCAGAAUGUUUCAAUAGUUCAGGCAGCGAAGCUUCAGUUCCAGAACUAUUUGUGGUCUCAGCCUUGCAGGAUCAGGCUUCCACGCUGGGUGUACCCGUGGGCAUCUUGUCAGCCAGAACCGCUGCCAGCAAUAUUGAGAAGAUCUCUGCAGAAUCGGGUCAAACUGCGUUGCUGAAUGCAGAGCAAAGAAAAAAGUUGUCUUGCUUGCUCCAGACUUUGAAGGACUUGUUAACACAUAAUGCUUUCUGCCAUUUGCUGUUUGCGCAAGAAAUAUGGAAAAUGCAGAGCCCGCUCGUUCUGGAACUUGCGUGGCACCUGCAUAGAGAGAACAUCGUUAGCUUGGAAGAACUGCUGGAGAACAAUCCAGAUGCCCCUGCAUUGGUGGACUGGCUGUGCAGCAGCCUUUGUCUUCUGUGCCAUCAGAUCGAAGAUCCUUCCCUGGACCCAGAGCCCCUGGGGUGCAAACUUCUUCGAGACUUUCUGAUCAUGUUUCUUCGUAAUGGAUUUCAGAAAACGCUUGAGCGGGGAAAGAAGCUGGAACAGCAGAAGAUCUCUGAAACCUGCUGUGCCGUACUUGAGAGAAUGCUGGCAUGGGUGCUUGAUGCUGUAGCUAAGGAGAAGCAAGAGGAUGCCUCUACACUGAAGGCGGUGAAAUGCUGGCUCUGUGCGUUCGGCACGAUGGCAGCCCAAGGCUCCCUUCCUCUUGAGUCGUUGCGGCCGUUCUUCAAUCACACCUUGACCCAGGUUCUGACCUACAGCCCCCAGUUAAAAGUUUCUGAUGCCAUCCAUCUGCAGAGAGAGUGGAGCUUUGCAAGAACCAGUUCAGUGCUCACCAUGCUGUACCGCAAGCUGUUUGUGGUGUUCAAAGGGGAGGACCUGAUCCGUCACUUGCAGCAGGUCCUGGAGACGAGUGAAGUGAACUGGCAUCAUGUCCUUUCCUGUGUUUCCACGCUGCUAGUCUGUCAUUCUGAAGCAGAGCCGUUGGUAAAAGACCUGCUGGGCCAUCUGUUGACAAAAGCCUUUGAGAAUUAUGACUUUGAGAAUAUGAUCACUGCGUUCUUAAUAGUCCGCCAGGCAGCCCUGGAGGGGCCUGCGAUAUUCAUGCCGUACUCAGAAUGGUUCAAGGCUGCCUUUGGCAGUGCCAACGGCUUCCACAGCAGCAGUAAGAAAGCCUUGGUCUUCCUCUUCAAGUUCCUGUCAGAGCUGGUGCCCUUCGAAGCCCCCCAGUACCUGAAGGUCCACAUCAUGCACCCGCCAUUUGUGCCCACGAAAUACCGCCCCUUCCUUCUGGAAUACGUCACUCUGGCCAAAACCCGGCUGGCUGAUCUCAAGGUUUCGAUAGAAGAGAUGGGUCUCUAUGAGGAUUUAUCUUCUGCAAAGGAACCUGUCCAGCCGCAUUGUCAGGCACUUCAAGAUGCUGAAAAGGCCGUUCAGAUAUUUGAAAACACAGGGAAGAUCCCAGCGAGUGUGAUGGAAGCCAGCAUUUUCAGACGGUCCUAUUAUACUUCCCAUUUUAUUCCUGCUUUGCUUGUGCCGCGUGUGCUUCCUGGAACACCCGACUCCCGCAUGGCUUUGAUAGACUCCCUCAAGAGGGCUGAAAAAAUCCCCCUGAGCACCUACGCCACGUACCUUGAAGGAUGCCGAGCUGUUAAAGAAAAGCUCUUGCAAGAUGGAUCAACCGACGUGGACACGAGCGACCUCAAGGAGCCCUUGGAACUGCUAAAGGCUGAACUCGAAGCGCUGAGCCGGCUGGUUGUGGAUGCAAACGAGCAUGAUGCAAUACCAGCUCAGAUUGCUGUAGUCUCUGAGAAACUGACCGGUGUUCUGGGACAUGCCAAAGAUGAGGACGAAGCUGCAUCGCUGACUCUUAGAAUCAAGCUUAACCUUUCCAUUCCUGAAGUAGAAGAGCAGCAUCACGGGGCUGUGGAUCUUCUGCUGACGUCGUUCUGCCAGAAUGUCAUGGCUGCUUCCUACUUCCUCCCUCCUGAUAGGCAGGGGGCCUGGCCCUCCCUCUUCGUGAGAAUGGUUUGCGGCUACCGUCGGCUUCUGCCGUCCUUGCUGGGCCGUCUCUGCCAGCUGAUGCGGCAUCAGGGCUCUUCCCUAAGCGAUGCUCAGGUCAUCGGCCUGGCUGUCUUCGCCGUUCACUUAAAUGAAGCCAAAUCCUUGAUCCCUGAGGUCGAUGUCUGCUCCUCCCGCGCUGUCUCCACAAGGGGCCUUUCUGUUACUGAACUCUGGGAUUAUUUACUGGAAUGCAGGACAAGAGACUCCAUGGUCUUCAGCAUGAGGUUUUGUACAGCAGCACUUUCAUACGUUUUAUGCAAGUUUUCUUCCCUUUCCCAUGACGGUUUAUGCUCCUUACUUCAUCCUGGAUUUGUAAAAAAGCUUCAGUACCUUGUGCCACGGCUCAGCUUAGAAGCUCGAGGAAUCGGCUGUGAAGGAGGAGACGCAGCCGCGCUUCCUUGGAAAACGUUAUCCCAGCCCACUCUCUGCUCCUGGAAAGCUGCUCUCUGCUUGUGGAAGCAAACGUCUUUCAAAGGACUCUUGCAGGAGAAAGCAUUCCGGCUGACUCUCCAAGAGUGGGUGUUGAUGGAGCUGGGAGUCCAUCCCGACGAAGACCUUCUUUCUGCUUGUGAGAGGCAGGAGUUCCAUUACUGGGCUUUGUAUCAGCGCUAUCUCCCAGAGUCUGCUGCUGCUGGCGGCUGCGAUGGAGACCUGAGAGGGAUGUGCGCGAUUCUCAUUGGCACCAUCCUGGAUUUCUGCCAAAGGUCAGAGCUGGAUAAAUGCAAUCACCUAAAGAACCCAGAAAGUUCCAUGUCCCGUGGGAGAGGAAGCCCUGAUAUCCACUGUAGAUUACAGGAGAUGCUGCUGGAGCUGGAGUUGGAACGCAGGAGAGCCCCACUUGACGCCCGCAACGAAGAGGAGUAUUUCCUGUUCCAGGUUUUCCAGAGGAGGCUAAAAGCUCUGGGGAAUGGAUCCGCUGUGGGCGGACGGCUGCUCCGGCAUCAGGAGCUGCUCCUUCAAAAUAGGAUUCUCCUGGGUCUCCCGCCAUCGAUCCUCACCGCAACCCAGCAGAAGGGAAAGAAAAUCGUUCUGGACUGUGAAGACUUCUUCUCUUUUGUAAACACAGAACUGAGGAAUCUCUGCUCCAGAGGCUGUGCGCUCCCUUACGACAUCACUGCUCAUUUCUUCAGGGGCCUGCUGAGCGCCAGUUUGGAAUGUGAUAACGCUGCGCAGGAGGUGACGGCUCUUUUCACAUCGUGUCAAGCCAGAUGUCCUGUUAUCCUUUGUUCUGCAGCGCGGUGGUGGCAGAGGUUGGAGCCCGUGCUUUGCUCAGAGUGGAAGAGACUCUUCAGAGCGCCCCUCGCACCGGGAUUGCAAAGCCUUCGGGAGAUACAGUCCUCAGUUAGUGGCUUCCUCUCAUCAGAGGCAGCAUCCCUGGUCUCUGACACACCAUGGAUUUCUGCUGCCUUCCUACAUUUUACUGUUCAACAGCAAACGGUGCAUGAAACGACAGGAGAAAUGCUGAAGCGGUUGGGGCCUGGAGCAGAACAACUCCUGGUGUUCCUCCUCUUCUUUUCAGUCAUGGAUCUCAUCUCGACGAGAGUAGCACCGCAGGAAGGACUGGAUGCUCACAAAGCCUUGGAUUGGAGCUCAAAGGUGCUCCGGUGCUUGGAGGGGCGCAGCGGGCCCUGGCUGGCAGUCUUCAGUUCCGCGGGGAAAGGCCAGGACCCUUGUCAAAUCCUGCGUGGUGCUGUGUCGGAUCAACAUUUGAGGCUGCUGCCAUUUGCCUUCUAUAGCCUCCUCUUCACCUUUGACCCGGAACAGCUUAUCGGAGGGCAAACGUUUCUGCAUGUUGCCAUUGACAUGUACACGCAGUUGCUGCAGCUCUUUAUGGACGGGGCGACCGUGGCAAGACCGAGCCAGCGAGAAGGGAGGCUGCCUGCCCGUGAGCCUGAGGAUUCUUUAGCGCUGAUAAAGAGAGCACGGCGGUUCCUGCUCUGUGUGAUCCCCCGGUGCCCUCGAGGGAGCGUUUCCAAUAUCCAGCAGUUACUGGACCUCUGCGGAGUGCUGGACCCUGAGAUCAAGGCUGCGCUUGAGAACAGCAGUGCAGGCGGGGAUCUGUUUGAUGAAGAACCGCUGCUUUUCUAAUAGCUGAAAUCCAGCCUGGGCAGAGUGGCCUGCUGGCCUUCCACCUCCGUGCAUGCGCGCGCACGCUCACACGCACACACACUCACAGAAAAAGUAAACAUGCGUCCCAGGGCCUAAUCUGCCCACGGUAUUGUGUAAAUAAUUUAUUACAAGCAUAACCAUGACUUUGUAACAAUAAAAAUUAAGUUACAAAUGUU